AGGCUAUCUUCCUCACCAGGCACACUUGAGUCUCAUCUCUUCAUAGCGACAGCCACGGCACGGAGAGGAAACAUGGAUUUGAAGGAUUUUCAGUUAUUCCCGUAUCCAAACGCCUUACUAAAUAUUAUUACACUCAUAGGUCUUCUUGGUGUUCUGAAAUUCUUCACGGCUACGACAUGGAACUUGGCAGUGGGUAUGAGAGCUCAUGUGUGGUCCAAACUCCGGAACAAGAAUUUCGUCGAGACUUACGGGAAAUGGGCAGUCGUUACAGGAAGUUCAGACGGCAUCGGGAAGGGCUAUGCAUAUGAACUCGCCAAGAAAGGGAUGAACCUGCUCUUGAUAUCUCGCACGAUGGAAAAGUUGCAGAAAAUCAAAGAAGAGAUCGAUAAAGAGUUCGGAGUAGAGGUAGAGAUAAUGCAAGUAGAUUUCAGCCACGGAAAGCAGGUGUACGACGAGAUAGAGGAACGCGUCAAAGGGAAGGAGAUUGGCCUUCUAGGUAUGUAUAAAAGUUAUGAUAUCCUGUUACUAAUAUUUUCACAGUCAGACAAUGCUUCAUUUUUUAAAGGUAACCCACACGUUACAAAUAUAGUCAAAAGAAAAUAUUAUCAUGAAAUUUUCAUUACUGACAAGAACAUCGUUAUCAAAGAGAGAGAGAGAGAGUUUCUGCACGGCUGGGAUUAUGAUAAAGCCUUUGUAGACUUCUUCUCCGAUGCUUUAGGGGCAGAAUACGAAAAUUCUGGCGUGACUUUUCAGACCGUCACCCCUGCCUAUGUCUCGACCAACAUGACGAGCUAUUCCGAGAAGAUACACAAACCAAGAUUCUUCGUGCCUACAGCCUCCAACUACGCUGCUCAUGCUGUGGAUACCUUAGGAUACACCUCGUACACGACAGGGUAUUGGACCCAUGGCAUUCAGCACAUUCAUUUUCUACAGGCCUUUGUAGACUUCUUCUCCGAGGCUUUAGGGGCAGAAUACGAAAAUUCUGGCGUGACUUUUCAGACCGUCACCCCUGCCUAUGUCUCGACCAACAUGACGAGCUAUUCCGAGAAGAUACACAAACCAAGAUUCUUCGUGCCUACAGCCUCCAACUACGCUGCUCAUGCUGUGGAUACCUUAGGAUACACCUCGUACACGACAGGCUAUUGGACCCAUGGCAUUCAGGCCUGGAUAAUGGAUAAUUUCUUUUCGCGAUGGAUCUGGAUAAAGAUUUUAAAGAAGAACUGCGAGUCUCUACUGAAGGAUUCGAAGAAGACCAAAAAUGAAUGAUUACAUGACGGAGGAUCAGCAGAAAUGGAUGUCAGGAAAAUAACAUUUGGUGGGAAAUGUGUAGCAGAACCCAAUUGAGUUGCUGGAUGAAUAACUGUACAAAUAAACAGACAGCGAUCUUUACUUAUAAUAAAUAGAUACAUUAGUAAGUGAAUAAAAGAAUAGAUAAAAAAUAAAAUAAAAAUACAUAAAUAUGUAAAUAUACAAAUUUUUUUCUGGUUUUGUCUGUUAUUCAUAUUCAGUACAGUCGCCUUCCUUAGCAAUACGCGACUUAUGUUAAGAAAACAUGUAAAGAGACGGGUUAUUUAGCAAUUUAUAACUAUUAUCUUUAAAUUCAAAAUCGGUAUGUUAAUGUAUCGAAGUAUCGACUUUUUUAUACAU